AAUAUCAUUCUCGCCUGAGCGAGCAAAAAGUAUCUUCUUCACUGUGAACUUCCAUGGCGUCUCUUCCUGCAUAUAGUGAAGCCGGAGGGUCAAGAUCCGGCGGGAAAAUUGUUCGAGCUAGGCGAGUUCAAAGUAGGAAGACUCCUUAUGAGCGUCCCGGACCUUCGAAUUUAGGUCCUGGAGGAAACCCUAGUUGGAUCUCCAAGUUCAUUUUCUCGCCUACUCGUACCAUUGCUACCGGCGCUGGAAAAUUGCUCUCUUCGGUUUUUGUUUCCGACUCCUCGUCUUCCUCUUCGGACAGUGAAUCAGAGGAUGAUGAUGAAGAUGAUGUUCAUGAUGAAAAUUGUGUCUUCCAGGGAGCUGAAGGAGUGAAGAAGAAUGGAACAUCGGAGAUGGUUAACUUAUUUCGGAAGGACUUUCCACCAGUGAAAAAAGAUAGCAAGCAUCUAAUUGAACAGCUACUGAUGCAGGAGACCUUCUCUAGGGCAGAGCGUGACAAGUUAUUUCAGAUAAUUGAAUCAAGGGUUGUAGAAUGUCAAACCAAUGAAGGCCAGGCUGCAGGGAGGCUAACUGAGAUAUCAAACAGAGCUGUCGAUAAUGAUGAUGGCAGGCCUGCAGUCUGUGGCACAGCAAUUCUCGAGGCAAAAAAAUGGUUGAAUGAAAAACGAUUAGGACUGGGGUCUACUUCGACAUUGAAAUUGGAUGAUGGGCCAUGCACCUUGAAUUCCACGAUGUUGCCUGUGGUUAACAAUGAAGAAAUGGGUUCACCUGUAGAUGUAGCCAAAUCAUACAUGCAGGCACGCCCUCCAUGGGCCUCUCCUUCCACGAAUAAUUUUGAGUUCAAGUCUCCUUCACCAUUAGGGUUACAGCUUUUCAAAGAAGAAACAUCAUAUUCAAUUAGUGGAAAUCCACUAUCUUCAUCUAGGAUUAAAAGGGACUCUCCUACCAGUGGAUCAUGGAACAUCCAGGAGGAACUACGACGCGUGCGAUCCAAAGCAACUAAAGAAUUGCUAAGAACUCCAUCUGCCAAACUUGAUUGGUCUUCAUUUGCCUCGGCCUCAGACUACAAAAGUAAUUUGAGUUCUCUGAAAAUUCCUAGUGGAGAUAAAAUACAACAUGCUGUAAAGUCAAUAGAUAAAUCAAUGAAUUGGUCUGCAGACAAUACCGUCACUCAUAACUUAUCAGAGUCAAAAACCAUGCAAGAUGUGUCGGAAAAUGAAGCUUGCCUACUCGGUACAACCAGCAUUGUUCUGCAACGGGAUAAGGAUUUGGAAACCAAUCCUACCACUGAGAGGGACGUAUUAAAUUCAAGUUUUGAUGUGAGAGAAUGCUCUACACUGCACGAGGAUGCGGGGCUGGCCAAUGGUUUUCCUCCGCUACCUAGUUCUUGUGAGCUUGCCGUAGAACAGAACCACGUCGACCAUAUAGUUGAAGAAAACAAUUCAUCUAGUCGUGGCCACGAAGCGAAAGAGCCGUCUGUAGGGGAGCGAUGCGAACUAUUAAGUGAAGUGUCCGUGGAGGUUCCAGAUAUGAACGAAAAUGAUACUGUUAGAGUUGUAUCGGACGGAAGUGAUGCCAGUAAAGUUGUAUCAGAAGGCAACGGUAACUAUAAAAUCUCCAAAGAAGAAAAUGGUGCCGGUAAUGUUAAUACAGUGGAGAAGCCAAGUUCAGAAAGCAAUAUUGCUGCAGGGAAGACUGGUAGCGGAACGGGAAAUCUGCGACGGGGAAGACGAAGAAACUGAGGUGGGGGGAAACAGGAAUGUAGUUUGUCUUGAAUUUUUGUCUAGAACCAAACAUGGAACAUAAAACUUUUGACCAUAGCUAAAGCUAGGUGAUUGUAUCAUCAGUAGUAAUUUUGAUUAGUUGUAUGGAUUUGUAUAGAGCUAGAUCAUAGAAUCAGCUUGAAUAAGCAACACCGUAGAAGCUUUGUGUAUUUAAGUUGUGGAGAAAUUCUAUGUUACAAAUGGCUAAAAGUCUAGGCAUCUGUAUCA